AUGGCGUCGGAUCUGGUUCAGUCGAAGGAAGAAAACAAAAAAGCAGAAAGAGAUCCUGUAUCGAUGAAUAACAGCGAGGAAAUCAAGGAGUUCAAGGAAUAUCUGGGAGUUAAACUUAUCGAAACAUUGCUAAUAGGAGCGGUGACCACCUUCGGAUUCGUGGGCAACUUUCUGUCGUUUCUCAUUCUGAUUCGCCACAAAAACUUCAAAAAUUCAUUUGGCUAUCUAACAGCAUAUGGUGCAAUUACGAACGCUUGUCUGCUUUUGAUACUAUCUGUAUGGGCAACGCCGUGGACUUUAUUUGCGAUUCCUAUUGAACUACAAGGACUCAAUCUAUUUGUCGGGCAACUGUCCUUAUUUUUCGAAGAGUCAUCAUUCCAUUGCAGCCUUCUCAUCACCAUAAAUAGAAUUCCAAGGACUGCCAUUUACCCUCUCCUCUCCCCGCAGACGUUGCCGUCUAUCGUGGUAGAGGUGGGGGGACAGGUGUAG